CCGCGACGUCCGGACGUGUCGAGCGCGAGAGACGUGUGACCGUGCACGGCCUCCUCCGGUGAUUCUCGGGCGGACAAACGCGAGCGGAGCUGAGUCGGCUGAGCGACAGUCGAGUGCGAGUUCAUCUGUCGCGUCGCACGCGCAACGCGAUAUAUACGUGCAGUAACGUUACGUGUGUUAUCUGUCCAUCUACUGCAGUGCGUCGAAAGUGCGCGGGGGGAAAGAGAGAGAGAGAGAGAAAUAGAGAUAGAAGUUUGACGCGCGAAGACAGAGAGAUAGAAACAAUAGAUUAUCCUCUGUGCGAUCUAUUCGCGCUCGUUCGUUACAUCGCGUCGGGACAUCAAACGAGACCGAGACAACGGAGUGAAGAAAAGGAGAAUGUGAAGACAGUGUGAGGCAAAAGUUUUUUUUUCCUUUCGCUUCUCUCUCCGUCUCUUGUUCUUGUCGCGCGGAGAUUCACCGGUUCGUAUUACUCGUUUGGGCGCGGAGUGCGCGGGGCGCCCCUCCUCUUCUCGAAGGUCUUCCCUUCUUCGUGACGCGUAACUCGAGUGAGCCUAUACGAUCGGUGCGUUUUUCAGCGUACGUGACAACGUAACGGGGAUAUCCCGGAGUAAGCGGAGUGACGCGGACGGGAAUGGAAUCGUGUUGACGGAAUAGCGGUGUUCGGGAAUUAUAGAGGAAGAGAAUAAAAAAGAAAGAGAGAGAUAGAGACACUCGCCGUUCGCGAGCGACCGGACGACGCGACGCGACACACAACGCGACGCAACACCACGCAACGACGCGGCGCGGCGCGGCGCGACGCAACGCAACGCGACGCGAUCCGACUCGACCCGACGUUCCCAUUUCGGUUUUCGUCGGCCGGCGCGGCACGGCGCGGCGUGUGCAAGUCCCACGGAGUGAGAGAGCGGCCGACGGUGAUGCCCGACGACGAACUCUCGUGAAAACGCGGAAGGUGACACGGCGCGUUUGUGCGUUCCAGGAGUAAACGGCCCCGGCGACCUCGCGGGAGUCCAAGGAGAGUGGGAAGGAGAGCCCGGACGCUGCUGCAGGAAGUUCUCUCCUGCGAAGUCGAGUAACGAUUACAGGAUCAGCGCUGACAUCGAUCUUGCUGCACCAAUGGAUAUGUCGCGAUGGGACUUGAGAUAGAAAAUAGGUGCGAUGGAGUCUCGCGGAGCCGGCUUCUACUAUGAGUUGAGGCUUCGUAAUUAAUCGGGACUGGCAUGGAGAAGGAGAACUCCGCAUCAGGCGGGGGCGGCGGAGGUGGCGGAGCUGAAGCGGCGGCGGUGACUCCGGGCGCCACCACCUCCGAGAAACUCCAGGCGGACCAGGCCAAUCCGUUGCUCGAUCCUACUGCACUCUUCGGCGCAGCAUACUGGUCUCGAGGCGACAGCGCAGCGUCGUCACUUUUCGGCGGGAUGCCGGGUGGUUAUGGCCUGGGGGCUCCCCAUUUGCCCUCGGCUUACGCUAUUCUGGGCCGAGGGGGCUCAGCGCCUGGCUUUGGGGGUCACACACCAGCCUCGGCGCCACCCCCGUCCCCGUACCCUCACAGCAGCCUCGGUACGCUCAGCGUGGCCGCCAGUCAAGCUGCAAGUCUGGGCAUCAAUCCAGCAGCCACUGCAUGGUGGACAAUGGCCUCUCAUCUGGCGGCGCAAGACUACCUCGCGAGGCUACAAGGAGCGGCAGGGCUCCCAGGAUUUCCGCCCGGUACCGAGAGCCUCCUGCCACCCUAUCCCGCCUCUCUACUUAAUCCCCCGUCCCUCUCAUCCCACAAGUCCAGUAAGUCUAAGUCAAGCAAGAGUCACAAGACGCCGCCAGCUAGCAGUAGUAGCUCAACAACGCCAAGUAUGACGAGCAGCAGCCUGCCGGUGUCCACUCAACCACCGGUGACAUCCUCUCAUCACAGUACCCCGGUCAGCAGUACGCCAAAUUCGCAAUCCAACGUCGUCAGUGAUCCUAGCAGUAUAUUGGGAGGUGUGCGCCUACCUCCCGACACGGAGAUUAUCAAGUAUACGUCGAGUAUAGUCGGUCCAAAGGUUCCUGGAACGACAAACCGCGGCAGGAAGAAGACAAUAUCCUUGGACACUCCCAGCGUCAGCGUACAUCCGCCGCCCGUCCCUACCCUUAGCGCCCAUCAGACGAACACGACAUCGUCCUCGUCGCUAAUGAUAGAACCGAGAAAGUACAAUCGCACGGGGACCGACUCGAACGAGUACAGAGAUUCGGUGGAUCGAGUGGAAGUAAUCAAACUGCCGGCCCAUUCAACGAACGGCUCCGUUCUGUCGGCGCCACCGACGUAUACUAGCAGCAGUAGCAGCAGUAGUAGCAACGCGAACAAUAACAUCAACGAUUCGGACGCGCCCCUAAAUCUCUCCCUAAAGCCCGCUACGACGAGCAGUAGUUCACCGAUUUCUGGUAGUCAGCCGCUCAGUCAGCUCAGUAAUUUAAGCCAAUCGUUACUUGCCUCCGAUCGAACGUCGAGACGAAAACCCGGACCAAAGCCAAGAAGAGUUCCGCAGAAUUCGGUGCCGGUGCCGGCGUCGCCUAGUCCUUCCUUGGCGCAGCUUUUCGCUGCCGCAGACUCGCCACAGCGGCCUAGUAGCGGUAGUGAGGAAAGCGAGAGUGCAAGCUCUGCCACCCAUCACAAGGACGGUAGGCCGCGAAAUCUCGGUCGCGGUGUAUCGAAGCCUAAGAAGAACACGGUCGCGUCGUUGUUGGCUCAAAGCAGAGCUCUAGGGAUUAAACCCACCCCGACUUUGGAUCCAAGUGUGCCAUUGUCUCACCAAGUAUCGUUGCUGAGGUCGAAUAUACUGGCGGCUCAAUUGCACGCUUCCGUCGCCACUGGUCAGAGUGACGAAAAGAACCAGUACUAUCACUUGCUAACGAAGAUACAGAAGAAGAAGCGACCUCGACCAAUUCGUGCUUCGUGGGCGAGGAGCCAUGAAAAGAUGAAAAACAAGUUGCUGGAGGCUUCGGGAGAAGAGAGUAACAUGGACGUGACCAGCGAGAGCGGCAGUAACACCGAUGUUGUCACGGAUACCGAUGACGACAAUGCGGAAGGCACACCUAGCGCGAAGAGGAGGAAACUCAAACCCAGCGAAAGAGACCUUCAAAUGCCGUUAGAGCGCGGUUGGAAGCGUGAAACGGUUAUCAAGGGACUAGGAAAGACGGGAGUGAUAAAAGGCGACGUGUCGUAUUACAGCCCCUGCGGGAAAACUUUUAGGAGCAGUCCCGAUCUAGUGAAGUUUCUGGAACAUCAAAAUCCAGCCGAAUUAACUACCGCCAAUUUUUCGUUUUCCUCUCGUCCGUUGGUGGGGGAAUUCCUGCAGCCAACGAUGGGUUUAGCAGAGGCUGAAUUCGUCCGACUCGGUGCUCAGGAAGUAGCGCGAAGACUGGAAGAACUCAGAGCGGCCGGUGGUUUUAGAGACGUACGGACGAACAAUCAAUAUGAUAGAGAGAAGCUAGCUUAUGCGAAAAAACUCGCGAAGGAAGAAGCGCAACGGCAUAAAGAACAAGCUAGGCUUAUUAAGGAGCAGGAGAAGACAGAACGGCUGGAAGCCGUCAGACGAGAACGGGAGAUCAGGAAUCAACAAUUGCUCGAGGGUCGAAAGCGGCUCGCGUUCACGAUCAAGCAGAAAAUGAAGAUCAUCCAAGAGAUCGAGCGCGGCAAGAGCAAGAGCGACGUAGCUCGCGAGCUGGGUCUGGCGAGCAGUACGGUUGCCACCAUCUGGAAGAAUCGCGAGAGCAUUGCCGAGAGCUGGCGCAACCGGGACAUGAUGCACCAGGCAGACAUCGAGGACGUACCGUCGAAGAAGCCACCGUCGAUGUCGUCGACCACUGCCGCGUACUGCACGCCGGUGACGAUGACGACGAUGACGACGAUGACGACAACGACCGCGAUCACAACGACGCCGCCGUCUCUGGUCUCUGGCGUGGUCGUGCCGCCUUCACAGGUGCAGGUGGUGCCACCGGUACUACCGCCGCCACCUUACCCCACCUUGACCCUGCCGCCGGCGUCGGCGGGCCUUGUGCCAUCACCGCAGCCGACGACGCCGAUCUCGUCUUCGUCGAACCUGUCAUCGACCACCACGUCGACCGGUACGACGACCACGAUCAUGCCGCCGGACAAUACCCACCAGGCACAGACCCAGACGCAGAGUCAGGAACUUCUGGAGGCACGAAAAAAACGGCAGGAAGAGGUGGAGAAGAUCCGACUGGAAGAACAACAAAGGAAGCAACAGGAACGGGAGCUGAAGAGGCAGCAAGCGGUUAUGCUGAAGGAGCAGAUGUACAUGCAGGAGCUCACCAAGCAGCGCGAGAUGCUCUACACCGUCGAGCUGGAAAGAGAAAGAAGGAGGCAGCAUAUGGCUCUGGUACGGGCACUAGAGAACCGUCGGAAGAUGGAGGAGAAAGAGAAGAAACGCUUGGAGGCCAGGGCCGAGAGAAUAGCGACGAAGGAAAAGCGGGCGGAACAGAGAAGAGUCGAGUUGGAGUUAAUCGAACAAAUUCGCAAACCCGUAGAGGAUAUGGAACUGACAGAUCAUAGACCACUGCCAGAAGUCAAAAGAAUACCUGGACUUAAGCUCUCCGGGCAAGCAUUCGCAGACAUCGUCAUGGUCUUCGAAUUUUUGCACAAUUUCGGGGAGACUUUAGGAUUCGACAUGGAAUCGCUACCGAGCUUGAAGAGUCUUCAACUCGCCCUUCUCAAUGAUGAAGAAGCUGAGGAGGAAAUGCUGUCGGUUAUGACACACCUGUUGGUGUGUGCUAUUGAAGACCCAGGAAUCCCGCAACCGGCCAGACAUACCACAGGCUUAGGUCAAAGUUUGCGUCAAGCUGACAUCACUCACGCCAACAUCAGUGAAGUACUGCGAAUUUAUUUAUACGCGAACGCAACCGGCGAAGUAAAGGCUCUGACAGGGGUGUGCCUUGAGCGUGAGCGUGACAAGAAAUUUGCCGAUCAUCAUCAAAACGGCGGCGAUUACGCUUCAACCUGCUCGGGAAAGAAUGCGCAGUUCUACGAGCACUUACAUAACAACGAAACAUGGAAGAUGUCGGAAAGAUUGCGAGACAAGCCUUUCUUAGCGUUGAAUCCGACACAUAAGGCACAGAUGCUCGCUUUCCUUUGCAAUGAGUUACUGCAAAAUAAGGCUGUGAUCAGACAGAUAGAGGGUAGCCUCGAGACGGUAGCUCAGCUGAGGAAAGAGAGAUUCGUAUUAGAUACCAAAAUCAGAAAGCUUAGACAAUUACAUAGUCGAAAAGUCCGAAUGGAAGCCGUGGGUGUCAUUGUUAAUAAGAUUGGCGACACGAUCACCAUCGAGAAGAAGGAAGGUGAGGAAGAAGGCAAUACUACGUCUACUGCCGUAGGUACGACACCUACACCAGACGAGAUUCAUCAUGAGGACGAAGUAGAGGACAUGUCUGAAAACGAGAGUGAAGGCACUCAGCCAGAAGAGGAGGAGGAUAAGAAUUUAUCUGGAGAAGAAUUGGGUAAGAAAUUGGAUAAAUUAUUGAAGCAAUCAGAGGAACAACUACAAAAGUUGAACAGCUCUUCGAAGCAACUCCGUGCGCACAUAUUCGGCCAGGACAGGUAUUGGAGAAGAUAUUGGGAAUUAGCAUGCGCCGGCGGCAUUUUCGUGGAAGCUAUGGAGAGCGCCGAACCGGAGGUUCUCGACCUCCAAGCCGAGCUCGACGAGAAGUACAAAAACAUACCGAUAGAGGAGAAGUCUGAAGUGAAGCAAGAGGGCGAAAGCAAGAAUUCCGAAAAUCGCGAAAACGAAGCACCAAACGAAGUUAAGGCUGAAAAGAAACAUAAUUCGAGUGAGCAGAAUGAGAACAUGAAAUCUCACGGAGAUAAGAUGAAGUCCGAGGAGGUCAACUGUAAGAAGGAGCCUGUACAAAAUUGCGGCUCGGAGAAUGUAAAGGAGGAGAAGAGAAAUAAUGACGUUGAUAGUACAAUGACAGAUGCGAAGACGAACGUCACAUCCGAGGAAAUAAAACAGGAGACGGAGGUGAUCAAUACAGAUGUCGACAUGAAAGAAGAAGUGAAAAAGGAGAAUGAAGAGAUGGACGAAGAUAUGACGAAACCACUGGUGAAAACGAUGGAGGAUAAAAUUGUCGAAACAAUACCGAAUGGCGACAAGUUCAACCACGUCAAUAAUCUACACAACGGGAAAGAACUCAACGGCUCAUUUAUUUCUAACAAUAGCAAUGCCGAGCCUAAUUGGUUUUCCAUCUUACCGCGUGAAACGUGCGAUACUCCGGGACCUAGCACUAAGCAAAUCUUUGGCAUAGCCGAGCCGACCGAGCUCAGAAUUCCAGUAUUCCCACCGCCCGCUAGUCCGAGUUACGAUAGAUGCGAUAGUCCAGCACCCCUGAUAUUAACUCAAGAUGAGGCAGCACAGCUAGAAUAUUUGAAAGUGCAUGGUUUACCGCCUCCUGGCGAGGCCAAACCGGUGUCAAAAGGUAAGCCGAAUUAAUUUGUGAAUAUUAAAGUAAAACAUCUACACUCCCGCGGUGUCCGCGAGAAAGAGUUAAAACGCACAACAUGGGCGACGAUGGAAUCCUUCUUAGCCGUCACCGGUAAAAUCAAUGUUGAUCCUGGUAACGUCUCCGCCACGCAACUUCAAGCGGAACCAGAUGAUCCCAAUACACCAAUUCCAAAGCCCGAUAAUCCGAAUAAUUGGGGCGACCAGGUUGCGCUACGAGUAGAUGCUCAACUUUUGGAGCAAGUGGAAGCGCUUGAAGAUAAAGUGGCUAAUGCUAGCAUGCAAGUCAAAGGUUGGAAGCUACCGCCGCGAGCGGGAACUGAGGAAGCCGAGGAAAUUGAGAAGUUGAAUGAAAUGGAAAAGAUUAGUGCAGUCGAGCAAGCGCGGCAAAGGCUACUUUCUUUGGAGGCAGCUAUAGAAAGAAGAUACUUAAAACCACCUUUAGGUGUUUGCACGGGAGACCCCAAUUUGGCAGCCCUCAAGGCGGAACAAGCAGCAGCCGCUAACGCAAACUCGAAUAAUUCUGACCAGAAUAACCAGACGCCUGCACCGCCAGAAGAAACGACGCCACGGGGUCUGAACACCUGGCGGGAGGCGACGGCACGAGCACACACGUCGGCGCAACUCGCUAUGGCACUCUACAUGCUCGAGGCUAGCAUCGCUUGGGACAAGAGCAUCAUGAAGGCUGUGAGUCUAACAACAGCUAGAAACUCGGUCUGCGCCAAGCUACGAAACCGCUGCGUCUCACUCAAAGCUACCAAUCAGUACAAACAGCUAUUGACUACUUCUCAGACCUCUAAUUGCCAGUUUUGUCAUAGUGGAGACAACGAAGAUAAGCUGCUGCUCUGUGAUGGCUGUGACCGUGGCUACCAUACUUACUGUUUCCGUCCAAAAAUGGAAAACAUUCCUGAUGGUGACUGGUAUUGUCACGAAUGUAUGAACAAAGCAACAGGUGAACGCAAUUGUUUAGUGUGUGGAAAGAGAGCGGGUAAAAAUCUGGUCCUAUGCGAACUCUGUCCUAGGGCUUAUCACACUGACUGCCACAAUCCUGUCAUGCCAAAAAUGCCACGAGGGAAAUGGUAUUGCUCUAAUUGCCACAGUAAACAACCAAAGAAGAGAAAUAGUAGUCGAAGGAGUCAUACCAAAGGGGGAGGCACCAGAGAAAGUGAAAGUUCUGAUCAUCCACCAGCUAGUCCAACGCCAUCAACGGCAUCGAACACGCACGUAGAGGAUGUCAGUUCGUCGGAACCGCCGACUCCUACCGCCUCACCACGGAAGGAGGGUAACAAUCGGACGCUCACGAAGAAGCAACAACGAGAGCUGGCGCCUUGUAAGAUACUCCUCGAACAGUUGGAGCAACAGGACGAGGCCUGGCCGUUCCUCCUGCCGGUGAACACCAAACAGUUCCCGACCUACAAGAAAAUCAUAAAAACCCCCAUGGAUCUCAGUACGAUUAAGAAGAAGUUGCAGGACUCCGCGUACAAGUCUCGCGAUGAGUUUUGCGCCGAUGUCAGGCAGAUGUUCAUCAACUGCGAGGUAUUCAACGAGGAUGACAGUCCUGUGGGCAAGGCCGGCCACGGGAUGCGCAGUUUCUUCGAAAUGCGCUGGACCGAGAUCACCGGCACGCCGCCUCCGCAUCCACAAACGCAUAGCUGAGGUUCGGUACGUUCGCGCAACACCUGCAACAGCUUCGCUCACUUCUACUAUUAGGAUAUGCGUCGCGUCACCGACAGUCAAUCGCGAUAGACCGACAGUCGUCGAAAGGGACUGAUCCACCCUCUACCACUUCACUUCCAAGCAUUAGUCGGCCUCGUUCUAGCGGCCAAUCGAAUUUUCCAUUGUAAUAGUAAUUGCUGUGAACGCGGAUACACACUCGCCUAUUGUAUCAUCCAUUCUCGCUGUUCAUCACUUACGCGAGUGCGUUUUUCUCGCGUUUCAUAAAAUGCUCUAGUACUUGGGUAUACUGUGACACGAAUGUCUCGUACUUCAUUUCCUUGUUAGCACCUAUGACGCGAUUUUCGUCAAACUUACUCAUUGUAAAGUAUUAUAGCGAGACGUUCUAAGCCGAUCGGACAUUCGGCUUCGGUUUAACGAAUAUUGAUAAAAGUGUGACAAGUAUCGCACUUAAGGUCGAGAUCUUGGUCUCCGAUAACAAGCACUUCUCGACAUCGACGUGAUUAUUCAGAUAGAAGCAUGCGCGCAUCGUUUCGAUCUUCGUCGAUUAGGACGGAGCGAUGCGAAUGGUCAUUGUACUUACCGAUAAACAAGUGAACAUUUGCCUAAGCGACAAAAGUGUAAUUUGCGAUUGUAUUAUACGGGCUUAACGCCGACGUAUCGUCGGCAAAAGAAAUAUUUUGCAAAGUAAUAAAUGUGAAAAAGAGAG